AUGCUAGAAACCAAGUCCCCAUUAACGCUCGCAGCGACUGCCUUCAUCCUUCUCCUCACCAUACCCAUUUCCCCAUCUACUCCCCUUCAUUUCAACUACACCUCCUUUCCCGACAACUCCACCAGCGACUUCACUCGCGCCAACGCUUACAUAACCGCCGGCACAAUUCAGAUCACUCCCGAUUUCAUCCCCAACAUGUCGGGCAGAAUCUGCUACAGCAAACCCUUUCGGCUUCACAGAAACCGCGGCCACGUCAAGGCAACUUUCACCACCACCUUCGUCCUCCAAAUCAACCCCAAGACUCAACCUCCAGGGGAAGGCAUGGCCUUCAUCCUCACAGAAUCCCCGGUCCUGCCCGGAAACAGCUCCGGGCAGUGGCUCGGGGUCGUCAACUCGAUCACCAACGGGUCGUCGUCUCGCGGCGUCGUGGCGGUCGAAUUCGACUCUAGGAAGAGUUACCCUGAAGAUUUGGAUGAUAACCAUGUUGGGCUGGACAUUAACAGUGUUUACUCUGUUCGUCAGGAACCCUUGUCCGAAUUCGGCGUCAAUUUGUCCGCUUCCGAUAUCGUCACGGCUCGUGUUCACUACGACGGCAGUAACUUGACGGUGUUAGUCUCGGGAAGAGUUGUGAUUUGGGAGUCGAUUGAUCUCUCUGUUCAUCUUCCUGAAGUUGUUCAUGUGGGAUUCUCAGGUUCGACAGGCCGGCUGAAUGCUCAACAGAAUUGUAUUCUGUCGUGGGAUUUUGCUGGUUUAGAUAUUGGGGAUGGACGAUUUCGGUCAAUUUGGGUUUGGGUUCUUCUUUCGAUUGGAAUCUUGGGUUUGAUUUUCGGGAUUGUUGGGUUCAUCUACUAUCAGAAGAGAAGGAAAUUGGGCAGAGAGAAAACAGAGAAUGAAGGUCACCCAAGUAUUGAAGAGGCAAUUCAAGGAUCUUCCAUGGCUCCCCUGAAGUUCAAAGUGAAGGAGCUCAUCGACGCGACCAAGAAUUUCAAUCACGAGAACAAGCUUGGCAAAGGUGGCUUUGGAACUGUCUACAAAGGGAUCCUGAGAAACAGAGAGAUCGCUGUGAAGAGAGUUUCCAAAAAAGUAACGAGUCAAGUGAAGCAAGAGUUCAUAUCAGAAGUAACAACAAUCGGAAAUCUCCACCACAAGAAUUUGGUGAAACUAAUUGGAUGGGCGCACGAAGGGCAAGAAUACCUCCUCGUCUACGAGUACAUGCCCAACGGAAGCCUCGACAAACUCAUCUUCGACGACGACGAAUCGUCGUCGUCGUCCAUCAGAUGGGAAACGAGGUUGAACAUAGUAUCAGGAGUGGCACGGGCAUUGGAGUAUCUACACACCGGCUGCGAGAAGAGGGUUCUCCACAGAGACAUUAAAGCGAGCAACAUAAUGUUGGAUUCCGAGUUCAACGCCAAGCUGGGCGAUUUCGGCCUGGCUCGAACCAUCAAACAGGCGGAUCAAACCCACCAUUCCACCAAGAACUUGGCGGGGACACUAGGGUACAUGGCUCCAGAGAUUUUUCUAACUGGGAGAGCAACUUUGGAGAGUGAUGUCUAUGCAUUUGGGAUUUUGGUGCUGGAAGUUUGUUGUGGGAGGAGACCAGGAGGCCAAUUGGACCAAGAUGGUGGUUAUGCUAGCAGCAUCUUGAACUGGGUUUGGGAGCUUCGUGGGAUUGGGAGGCUGAUUGAUGCGGCUGAUUGCAGGCUGAAGGGGGAUUUUGUGGAGGAAGAAAUGGGUUGUGUUCUUAUUUUGGGUCUUGCUUGUUGCCAUCCUGAUCCGUUUAAGAGGCCAACUAUGAAGAAUGUUAUUCAAGUUCUGGGAAGGGAAGUUGCAGCACCUGAGCUUCCACUGGAAAGGCCUGGUUUUAUGUGGCCUCCUGUAGGGUUAAGUUCUGAAGGUGCAGGGUUUUCGUUGGUGGGAAGCCAAGUGAACUCGUUUACAGAAAUCACAGGAAGAUAG